CUGACACUACCAUUGGACGAGAGGCGUCAAAUUCAGUGCCGGGGAGGCGGGUGAGAGAGGCUGAAGUUCUUUGUUGCGAGUAUCGAUUUCAGGAAACUAGUUGCACUUUACUGUUGCCUUGGCGCUGCCCUUGGAGAGCAGAGACCGCCGGCCGUGUCGCCCGAGGCCUGGGGACGCAUCCGACAGCGGGGUACGGUUGAAAAGCUCUCUUAUCCCCCUUCCCCCCGUCCACGUUCGGCACGAUCUCAGUCUCUCCCAGGCGGAACGAGCUUCACGCCAUCGAAAACCAGUUGACCUCACGGGUUUGGGAUUAUAAUUUCUAUUUUAGCGACGAGCAGAGGUGGAGUUUUACCUCAGAGCAUCGCGGAGCCGACUAGGACAGAAGAUCGCUCGCUGCGUGUGUGUUUUUAUUUUCCCUGCGGAAGAUCUUUGCUCGCUCUCUCUCUCUCUUAGCUGCAGCUUUCUAACCCCUUGGGGAGAGACCCAGAGGGAGAGAGAGGGAGAGAGAGAGAGAGAGAGAGGAGUGGGGGACGGGAGGUCCAUAAUCAAAACAACAUGAAUUGGAUGUAUUCCAGAGUCCGGAGGUGAAUUGGGUGCUAAAGACGGUUGCAUUAAGACACAGAGGUUUAUAAGGACGGUGUGAGAUAUAAAAAGGAUAUGGCUAAGAAUUCACCGGACGGGUCCAAGGAAGAUCUGUCGAAGAUAGCGGACGAGGAGCUGGUGAAAUGGGGCAAGGCGGAGCUGGUGAAGCGGCUGCGGCGGACGGAGAGCGAGAGGAUGAGCCUAAUGCUGGAGCACGGGAAUCUGAUGAAGGAGGUGAACCGGCGUCUCCAGCUGCACCUGCAGGAGAUCCGGGGGCUCAAGGACAUCAACCAGCGGCUGCAGGAUGACAACUCCGAGCUGCGGGAGCUCUGCUGCUUCCUGGACGACGACAGGCAGAAAGGCAAGAAGCUGUGCAGGGAGUGGCAGCGGUUCGGUCGCUUCGCCGCCAGCCUGCUGUGGAGGGAGGUGGGCACCUACCAACAGAAACUGGCCGAGCUGGAGCGCAGGCAGGACGCGCUGCUGGGCGAGAACCUGGAGCUGAAGGAGAUCGCGCUGAUGCUGGACGAGGAGCGCAGCGGCGCUGGCAGCCGGAGCUCUAUAGACAGCCAGACCAGCCUGAGUAACCUGAACGGGGGCUCCGGACCCCGGGACGUGGGCGACGGCAGUAGCACCUCCAGCACCGGCAGUGCCGGCAGCCCCGACCACCAUCAGCAUCCCAGAGCCGCGGAUAAGGGCGCUCCGCUCAAAAGCUCCAGCGACGACCUCUCGGGAGCUCCUUCUCACCACAGGAGCAUUCCCAACGGGCUGAAUGACCCUGCCUCAGCCUACAUCAGACAACUGGAAAACAAAGUCAAGUUUCUGGAGGAAGAUAAUAAGAUCUUAUCACAGGACUGUUCUUCAGAGCACUACUCGUUCCUUUCUGGUUUAAACUCGGGGAGAUGUGUCAGACCGUCCUAUGUGAUCAAGCAGUCAAGUGCCAGUGAUCUGAAGGCCAUCCGUAAGGCGUAUCCUGCGCCGCACAAGUCCGAGUCUCCACAUUCGUCACCGCUGCCGCCGCCGUUUCAAGAGCCAACACAAAAUGGCCUCCCUCGGCUGGUGACUGGAGACCCCAACAAUCCAGCGUUGCCACCUGGGUACAUUCCCAGUGCCCAAAAGCCUGAAGCUGUAGUGCAUGCAAUGAAGGUCCUGGAAGUCCAUGACAACCUAGACAGGCAGUUGCCAGAAGAUUGCGAUCAUGAUGAUUUGAGCGAGAAGGAAAAGGCCAUCGUUCGUGAAAUGUGCAACGUGGUUUGGCGUAAGCUUGGAGAUGCGGCUGGCUCCAACCCCUCCAUCAGACAACAUCUGUCGGGCAAUCAGUUCAAGGGACCUUUGUAGAGCUAUUGUCCACCAGGCCUGGGUUCUCACAGCCCGUUCCAAGGAUAGAAAGAAGCACUCGUUGAUUACAUCGGUAUACAUGGAUAAACAAGAAUCUCAGAGAAACCUAGUCCUGGCCUUUCGCUCACCGUCUCCCUCUCAACCAUUUUACAUGUUCAUCACCACAUGCAGAAUGUGCUGGGAGACUGUACAGGAUGUACUGACCACAAUAUAAGUGUAAAUUACUCACUAGAUAUACAGUAGCUGGCUGUGCUCACAACUCUAUUAAGGUGCACUGCAUAACAUAAUGCAGUCAUAUACAUUGGCCUGUGCGGAGAGAUUUAUCUGAAGGGACUGAGUGGCCUGUAAUCUUGAACAAUCCAGCUCCCUCUUUUCCUCCACAGUCUCGUCCACAUCAGUGAUCAUUAUGAGCAGAUUCCAUUGUUUCUUCAUUAAAUUCCUAAGAUUGGACAAUUUUUGGCCAACGUUACAAGCAAACCGGGGUCCCAGCAAGAUCCACAGGAGUUGCUCAGCAGAGCCAUUGUGAAAGGGAUCACCUUCCCAUGUACAGAGACUAACCCCAGCCCUUAAAUGCAUUUGCCUCUCAUUGUGCAGAUGUCCAGUUUCGGCUGAGUGCAACUACAGCUGGAUCUAGAAUCAUGAAGUGGUUGACUGGUACUGAGUCCAGAUGGAGAGGCCUCUCUUGUUGAAAAAUACAGUCACUGAAGAUAAAGUAUAGUUUUUUUAAGGUAUAGAAUUUUAAAGGGACAGUAUUCUUUUCUCUUGAUGGUGUUUCUUCUUGGCGUUAGUUCUGUGCAGACUGUUUUAGGAAAUCUGAUUGCUCUGUCUACUGUGGAAAAGUACUUGUUGAUCCCCAACCUUGGUGACGGGGACCACAAUCCAUGUGUUGUUUUUGGAAUGAUGUGGAUGUGAAAUUUAUUAUCAGGUUUUGAAGGAAGACUGGACCAUAACUCUUGGCUCUGUUGAAUCAGUUUGAAUCAGGCUUCACACCUUUGCCUCAAACCCCUGCCUGCUGUAGCUUCCAAAGCCUAUUCAGAUGGAAUACUGCCUUUUUAACAGGUGAUGCUAAGUCCUCGACACUGACACGACCAAGGUCAGACAAUGCCGUUGCAAGCUGUGGACUUGAAAGUGGCAUAGCGCCACAUCACACCAUGCAAGAAUGACUCACUUCAGCUCAAGUGCUGAUGAUUGGCAGUGCUGUUGACAGGUCACUGACUGCGUAAUGUAGAAUUUCCGGGAUUUUCCAAUUCUGGUUGAAAUAAGAAUGCACAUUGAGGUAAUCUAUAGAUUCAUGAAUGUGGUUGUUUUCAUAACACUGAGAGGAAAGAAUUAUUGACUUUGGGAGUAUCUUCAGAUCUAAGAUAUAUAGCAAACCAGUAUCACUACAAGGAAAGUGUCAGCCAGCCCAAUAAUUAAGGUAUCUUUCUUCACUUCCCACCUGUCUCUGUAUUCUGUUCUUUAUCAUGUUGGUCAUAUUAUCGUCUAAUAACUAAUGUUUGCGAUAUUCUCACUUACAGCCAUAGAAUCAGAGAAAAGUACGGCACAGAAACAAGUCCUUCGACCCAUCUAGUCCAUGCCGAACCAUUUAAACAGCCUACUCCCAUUAACCUGCCCCGGGACGAUAGUCCUCCAUAGCCCUACCAUCCAUAUACCUAUCCAAACUUCUCUUAAACGUUGAAAUCAAGCUCGCAUGCACCACUUGUGCUGGCAACUCGUUCCACAUUCUCAUGACCCUCUGAGUGAAGAAGUUUCCCCUCAUGUUCCACUUAAACUUUUCACCUUUCACCCACAACCCAUGAACUCUUGUAGUCCCAGCCAACUUCAGUGGAAAAAGUCUGAUUGCAUUUAUCCUAUCUAUACCCCUCAUAAUUCUGUAUAUCUUUAUCAAAUCUCCUCUCAGUCUUCCAUAUUCCAAGGAAUAAAGUCUUAACCUAUUCAAUCUUUCCUUAUAACUCAGGUCCUCCAUGCCCAGCAAUAGUCUUGUAAAUUAUCUCUGUACUCGUUAAACCUUAUCUGCAUCUUUCCUGUAGAUAGUUCCUUAGUAAACAAAAAUACGGUUACACGUCCUAUAGAUAUAUAUAAAGGAACUGGUGCUGUUUGUCACAAUGUUACAUAGAGUUCCGUAUUUUUGUGUACAGUGCUGUUAUUUAUAAUAGAAAACUGCAGUCACACUGUGCACAUUCCAAUAGGAGUACUGAGAUAUUUAGGGGUGGCCCAGUAGGGUGGUUAGUACAAUGCUUUACAGUACAAGUGUGCCAGGCUCAAUUCCCGCCACUGUCUGUAAGGAGUUUGUACGUUCUCCCCCGAUCACAUGGGUUUCCUCUGGGUGCUCCAGUUUCCUCCCACAGUCCAAAGAUGUACUGGUUGGUAGGUUAGUUGGUCAUUGUAAAUUGUUCUGUGACUAGGCUUGGAUUAAAUGGGGUUUGCUGGGCAGCAUGGCUUGAAGAGAAGGUAAGGACUAUUCCAUGCUGUAUCUCAAUAAUAACAAUAAAUCAUGAGGUAGCCUGUUUUGAUGAUAUAGUUGAAGUAAAAACGUUCAUUGGGAUUGCUGUCUGCACCAGAGAGUGUCAUGGGAUGGUUAGCAUUCUAUUUAAGACCCCAGUGGGCCCGUCAUUUUAACAUUUCAUCAGAGCAAUGCAGUCUCAGUGCAUUACCAGACUGAUGGUACAGGUGAAGUGUUUGGAACAGCUUCUUACAUUUACACAGUGGCUAUAAAAUUAAUCAGCAACAUAUUGACUGAGCCAAAGAAGAUUUUAGGCAAAUUUCCACAGAAAAGGGUAUUUUUUAAAAGAAUGCGGAAAGAGGAGGGUGAAUGGGUUGUAGGGUGUUGGGAUGUGGAAGCAAGGAAAAGGCAGGAGGUACAAGCAGAUCUCACGUAGCUCUGCAGAUUCAACAGUGUUGCUCAGCACCACAUUUUGAAGGGCAGGAAAAGGUCCUCACAGUCUAAACAUAAUUACUCUCAUGGGCUUCCUCCAGGUGCUCUGAUUUCCUCCCACAUUUGAAAGACAUACUGGUUAGUAAAUUGUCCUGUGAUUAGGCUAGGGUUACAUAGGCAGUUUGCUGUUUGGCCUGGCUUGUGCAGGAAGAGCCUGUUCUGCUUUGUAUCUCCAAAUAAGUAAACAUGGCAUCCAGAUGUACUGGUGACUUCAUGGAAUGAUGGUAAUCUAAGAUAUAGCUCAUCAAAGUAACAUAAUGUAAUGGGUGGGGGUUUUCUCAAUUUGCUACAGAUCUUCAUCUCUGCCAAAUACUCAUUAUCUGUACUGUGAGUACUUGAACAAUUGCUUAACGUUUGACCAAUCCUUAUUCCCUCUCCCCCAAACCUCACUCCGUUACCCCGAUUGAAGACAACAGGGGCCAAACCCAACACUUCAUUCAAUAGACUUGGCUUUUGAUAUUUGUGUUCAAUACAGGCAGCACAAAUUGAAUCUAAACCCGCGUGUGCCUGAUUUGAUCACGCAGUCAAUUGACUGUCUUUCCCAAGUGAUUUGUGGUCGGGGAGUGUGUUUAUUUUUCUGGCUCAGAUUUAUCCGCAUGGGGAGUCUGUGCAUUUGCAGUGAAAUCUGACCCUGCGAUGAGGACCUGAAACAAAUCAGCAGGACAGUAUACACUUCUACCUGUUCCAUUGUAUAGUUUUGGAGACCUAUCUUGGAUCAAAAUCAUUCUUUAAAUAGCCAGUCAUCCUUUCAAAAGUACAGUCGGAAGAUAAUGCAAUGUCUCAUGUUCUGUACAGUCAGCAGAAGGCUGCAAUGAGAUUAACCUAGCGGGGGUUCCCAACCCUUUUCAUGAUAUGGAGCCUGACCUUUAACCAAAGGGUCUGUGGACCCCCUGAUCAAAAGUAUACUGAAAGUAAAUUUGAUGUGAAAUGGGCCAGGAAGCAACAGAACCCAAAUUAUGAUCUGUAGUCCAUUUGGUUAUCAAAGGAUCACUUCCUCUUCAAUGUCUGUACCUUUAGGUUAGGAUGCACUUAAUGUGUGUGUGAGAGAGCGAAAGAAAGAGAUUGCUACAGUAGAGAGAGCGAGAGAGAGAUUGCUGCAGUGUGUGUGUGUGAGAGAGGGAGAGAGAGAAAGAGAUUGCUACAGUAGUCAUACUGUCUGCAUCCUAAAUGAUGAAAUGCCUUUCAAAGGAUAGUGCAGCGACACAGCUGUCGGCAUUGCUGCCUCCCAGAUCCUGGGCUUGCUCAUGAUCUUGAGCAAAAUAUACACAAACGCAGCAAGUCCGGAAGCAUCUAUGGAGAGGAAUAGACAGUAAACAUUUCGGGCUAAGACCCUUCUUGUUGAGUUCCUCCAGCAUUACAUGUGUACGUGUGUGUGUUUUGCUCAAGAUUUCCAUCAUUCACAGUACCUCUUGUUAUAGUCAUAGUCAUAGAAAGUACAGCACAGAGACAGGCCCUUCAGCCCAUCUAGUCCGAGCUGAACCAUUUAAGCUGCCUAUUCCCAUUGACCUGCACCCGGACCAUAUCGCUCCCGGCCUCUACCAUCCAAGCACCUAUCCAAACUUCUGUUAAAUGUUGAAAUUGAGCUCGCAUGCACAUCUUGUGAUGGCAACUCGUUCCACACUCUCACUACCCUCUGAGUGAAGAUGUUUCCCCUCAUGUUCCCCUUAAACUUUUCACCUUUCACUUCUAACCCAUGACCUCUAAUUGUAGUCCCAACCAACUCCAGUGGGAAAAGCCUGCAGGCAUUUACCCUAUCUAUACCCCUCACAAUUUACCUCUAUCAAAUCUCCUCUCAGUCUUCUAUGUUCCAAGGAAUGAAGUCCCAACCUAUUCAACCUUUUUGUUUUUGAUCAUGACCUUGCAUACUACUGGGUGGGGUUUCUACACCUCCCUGUAACUAGUUUCCUCCCAUCUUCCAAAGAUGAAAUUGGCUCUGUAAAUUAUCCUUGGCGUAGAUAAUUAGUAAAAGAAUCAAAGGAGGGCUGAGACAUUUCAUUAAUCAGUGUGUAGCCAGCAUGCAAAUAAUUUACAGGGCCUCAAGAAGCUAACGAGAGGGGAAAUGGGAAUGAUACCAUUGCUGUACUGGGGGAUAGCAUGGACCUGAUGGGCUGAAUAUGUCAUUGAAAAGAAUUAUGGGUGGUGUCGAGGAGAGUUGCAGUGAUAGAUCCUAGUAAUGCGAGGGAUGAAAACAGUGGCUGAGUAUUUACAAAAAUAGAUCCAUAAUACAACUGCCAACACAACACUGAUAGAUUCACAGACAGUCUGAGAUCAUGAUGAUAUUUUCCCAGGAAGAGAAACCAAUUAGUAUAGAGUGGCAAAGCCAGUAAGUCAGUAGAAGAUGGGAGACUUAAUAUGGGGCAAUGUAAUGCCAAAACUAAAUUUGAGAAUCCAAAUUUUAAAAUGGUGUGAUCUUAUCUGUUAAUGUAUGCUUGAGGCCUGUUGGUGGGAAGUCUCUGAAAGCCACUGGUGCUUGCUUUGUCUUGGAUUAGCUCUCUGGUGCGGGCGGAGGGGGAGGGUUACAUCAACCAGCUACAAAAUUCACAGCGGGAAGCAAUCUCCUGGGGUGAAUGAAAUUCUGAAAGAUACAGGACUCCUGUGUUUGGUUACAGGCUUGUUCCAGCCAGUUUGUUCUGAAAACAACUUCAUUCACCUGUUUGUCUAAAGCAAAGGACAAUGAUACUCUAUUUUCAAUCUGAUCUUUAGUUAAACUAGAAUUUUGAUAGUCGAACACUGAUGGCAGCUGCAUAUCUUUGUGCACUAACACUUGUAAAUAUACUGUCCAGAGAUGAUCCAAACCGUGGAGAAUUGAAAGAUUUCUUUUACCUCAGAAUAUAGUAACUAACAAGCUGUACACUGGAAAAUGGGGAUUUCCCAAUACAAUUUUGUGUUCUGACAGUAUAAUAUUUUAAUAAGACCACAAUAUAAAUUUAUCAUGUUAUAUCAAAUAUAUAUAUCUAUAUAUGAUAAUGUCAGUGUUUUAUUAUUGAUGAAAAGUUUCUGCCUCUGUCAAGGAUGGAGAGCAUCAAUCCUAUUCUGUUGAUAAUUGUGAUUUGAUUGUUGCAGUGGGUUUAAUAAUAAGCUCGUGUAAAUGCAAUGAUUUUCUUUUUAAUGCCAAUAUAUUGAUGUAUUCCAAAGCUCUGUCAAUCCUGCCAUCAAAAGGAAAUUAGCUAGAGGAGGAUUUACUCCACUUAUUCUGAAAGAGUAAAAUUUAGUGUGGACAACUCUUACGCAUCUGCUGGCUCCCCUUCUCUCUGUGUCCUCUUUUGUUUUAUUAAUAACAGCCUGUAGAUGAUGCAUUAAUGUUCAUAAAUGGAACUUGCUUGGAGAUCCUGAUCCUAUUUUAAAUAAGUUUGUACGUUUAUUAUCGAGAAAUAAAUGAAAUGGCCCUUAAAGUGAAAAAAAUCUUAGCACUGCUACAUAAUUUUUAAAAAAAUUAUCAAUAAUUGAUAGCUGAUUGAUUAUCAUUUGGGGAUAAAAAUUAAAGUUUUAAAUCUCUUAAAACACUAAACAAUUCUCUUUCUGUUUACUGUGUGAGAUUAGAGGUGGCUUCGAAGAUGAAUUGAGUUUGAUUGCCCUGAGCGAAUGGAAUGUAACCAGGGAGCUGGGAUAAUUAACUCAUGGGAUCAAGGUGAUGUAGUUAAUUCCUAUGCCUGAAUUUAGCCAUUUGUUCCUCAACACUCAGCACUCAAUAAUCAAAAACAAUAAACCUGAUCAACUAGGACCAUAUAACAUGGAGAGCUCCUUAUCACGGUGCAUAUUGUGAAAAAUAACCAAGUUAUAAGCUCUUUAAUGUUUUUAGUGCUGUAGUCUGUUAAUGAACCAGGUAAAGAAGCAGGUUGUUUGAUUCAGUCCAAUGCUUAGAAUCAAAUUCAGAACACCUCACCUAUAUGAGAUUAUUGUGUUUUAAGGCAUAACCAUUUCUAAUGUGCUAAUGCAUUGUUUGAACAUAGUUCAGCAUUCUAGAUGUACGUGUGCCUAUUUUGCUCGUUUGUUUUGGCGUACGUUGCACUGAUGAAUCAAACAACUGAAAGUCUCUUUUUCCUUCUUAGCCUGUGUUCAUACAAAAUAGGACAUCUUUAUAAUUCCGUGCCUUAGGAUAGCAUCCACAUCAUGAGAAUAACCAGGCUGUUGUCUGUGUCCUCUCUGGUCUCAUUAUGUGCUCUAUUAUAAUGAUCAAUGGGUUCGUUUUGUUCCAUCUGUGGGACUGCAUGGUAAUUCUGUACUCGCCACUCUAGGUGUUUCAUUACCUGAUGUUUUGCAUUGGUUAGCUCAAGCCGAGUACUCCGGGUUAAUUGGUUCUAAUUAUUUACCUGCUCAACGUUUAUAAUUUCAAUUGCUGCUUCCCAUGGAAAUCAAUAAUUUAUAGUAGAUUGAACUUUCUUUCCCAUUUGCAAUAACAUUAAAAUUGAAACAAUCUUCACUCAACUGGUUAUUAAUUUUUUUUAUAAGAUAUAGGAACAGAAUAGGUUAUUUGGCCGCCAUUCUGCUCCACCAUUCCAAUUUGGCUGAUUUAUUAUCCCUAUCAACCCCAUCCUCCUGUCUUCUCCCUGUAACCUUUGACACCCUUACUAGUCAAGAACCUCUGCUGUAAAUAUACCCAGUGACUUGGUGGCCUCCACAGCCAUGUUUUGCAAUGAAAUCCACAGAUUCACCACUCGCUGGCUAAAGAAAAUCCUCCUGUUCUCCAUUCUAAAUGGAUGUCCUUCUAAUUCUGAGGCUGUGCCCCCUGGUCCUAGACUUCCUCGCCAUAGGAAACAUCCUGUCUACAUCUACUCUCGCUUUCUCCCUGCUUCCCAAUAGGAUAAUUAACAGCAGUGACUGUGCCACAAUUAGAAUCUGCAGCUUAGGAGUUUGAAGUGCACGUCUUUAAUGAAGAACUGCUGAGUGAUUCCCAGUUGACCUAGUGAGGUAAAGUACUAGGGCACAAAACCAGUCAGACUUAAAUAAUCCAGUUUCAAUACCUGUAAUCCUCACUCCCUAAAGGAGGCUGUGAAUGGUGGGAUAAUUGAAGGUUUCAAGGAAAGAUCAAUAGAAUUUUUGCCGGAUAAGGGUGUCAGAGUGCAUGGAGCUGAGAUGGUUAAAACAGAUCUAAUUGAACGUUCCAAGGUGGUCAAAGACCUGUCCUAUUCCUAUCUUGCUUGGUCUAUGUUGAGCCUUUUACCAGUUGGGACCAAGGAUUAUGUGGCUCAGCAUCUUCAAAUUAUGGAGAGAAACAUCAGAAGGAUUUCUGCUGUUGAUUCCUAGCCUGGGAUUUCUGCCUGAAAACACUCAUGUACUGAUCAAGUACGGGGCAGGUUCUGGCUGAGUUAAAAUAUCCCACAGAUGUACUCCUUGUCUGACAGAUACAUGAGGUAGUGUGCAUAAAAAUGAACCACAUAUAGAUCGAUGUCCUCAAGAGCAGGAAGGAGGGACUGCAGAAAAGACUAUCAGCAUCUUAUUUCUGUAAUGUUUUAUCCCUGUGCCAGACUAGAGUAAGCUUGAGCCAAGCUCUGUUAAGGGUGCAUUAGAACAUGCCCCACCUCCUGCAGAAAGUUAUUAGAAAGUUGCCUCCCACCCUGCAGAAAGUUAUUAGAAUGUAAUCUCUCUUUGCUGAAAAUUAUAUAACACAUUUCGUUAAACUUAUAUAGCUUCAUUAACAUUUUCUGACUACUUAAUGAGACAGAAAUUAGUGCUGAACCACAUGAGAAUAUUAGGGCAGGAGAUAAGAGGUUUGCUAAACGAGGUUGCCUUCAGUCAGUGUGGGAAAGGAGACAGAGAGUUGUAGAGAGGACAUUCCAGAGCCUGAGCCCUUCAUCCUGAAGAUACGACUGCCAGCAGUGUGGUGAUAUAACUCCCAAUGGGGCCAGAUUAGUGACGGCUAUCUCUGACACCUGUAGCACUGAAUCUAAAACAAAGAACAGGAGUGGUGAGACUAUGAAGGAACAUGAAUACAUGAACGAAAAUCUUCAGUUCAGACCACUGCUUAAAUGGGAGCCAACGUAGGUCAGAUAGCACAGGAAUGAUGAUAAGUGGAACAAGGUGAAAUUAAAGUACCAGCAGCAGAGUUUUGGGUGACAACUAGUUUACCGAGAGUAAGAUGGGCAGGCCAGAUGAGAGCUUUAGAGUUGGGAGGUAUAGAACGUUACACAUUCUGUCUGAGGUAUAGCCACUCUCUGCGGUCUGAGCUUGCGCCUCAUUCAGAUUUCCAGUCAGUGCUGAGUUGGUAAACUCACAAACAGAAGAUGACCAUGACGUCAGAGUAUUAAUGCGAUGGUUCUGUAUUAAGAUGCAAGGUGAAACAUUCUAAACAUUCCCCUUGAUGGAUGCACCAGAACAGGUGUGUCACCUGAUUCAAAUCCAGUGAACGACCAAUCAGAGCAGCUUCUUACAUACCUACCUAUGAAGAUAAAUGCAUGCAGUCAAUGGUCCUGAGCCCAAGGACAAAGUCCUGUAUAUUGGUAUAUUGAUAGGUAGAGAAAGUUCCUUAUACAUAAAAGGAUGGCAAGUGGUGCUCAGAAGUCCUUCUGUUGUCCACCAUCCUCAUCAGGACUGCUAACUCUAGACAAAGUCCCUGAGGCACAGCCAAAAGCAAUCUCUGGGAACAAAAGAUAUUUGAGAAUUCUUCUCAAAUACCCUGAGACCAUAAACAAACUUGGGCCUCAUAUCUUAAUCCCUCAUUAUCCCAUGUGCUCGCAAUCCACUAAGAAAUUAAAGGUUGUAAAGGACAUUUCCAUGUUCACAAAAUUCUUCUCUCAUUUUAUCUUGCAGCCGUCAGUCCCUCAAAAUCUAUCUGCCAUCCAUGCAGAAAUUUCUAUUUGCAUAUACGGGAAUGUUGGCCUACAGAUUUUUGAUCAUGCGAAGGGGAAGGAAACAGAAAUAUUAAUCUUGUUGUGUACUUGCAAAGUCAUAAGAAUCCAAGCAGAGCAAGUUACCAUGGUAACCGUCACUUCCUGUCUGCAAUGCAAGUAGCCCUUGUAGUGAUUAUCUAUUUGAAUAACUGAAGGUACUCACUUGCUGCUGUUAAUCACUAUUGUGUGAUAUUCUGCCGACAGUACUCUCCUUGCGUUGUCGAGGUGCCAUGCCUUUGAUGAGAACUGCAUAGAAAAAGGUGACAAUAUGUCUUCACGAGAAACCUGCCCUUGCAAACAUUUGAAAACACCAACCUUUUCUACAGAUCAAUAAUUUAUGAAUUGAUUAGCUUAAUAUGUAAUAGGAUUUUAGGUUUAAAGUCUUGUACAAACUAUUUCUUUCACUCCCUUGAUCUUCACUUUUCUUCAGGCAAAAGAUCAUAAUUGCUAAAUAUGUUUGGGGAGCUGAUGUCUUUAAAGAGAGUGUGGGAAGGGGAAAUUAGUGGGAAACAUAAUAUAUUCCUUUCUUAGCACUAUUAACGUGAUACAAAUAGAAAUUUCUGCAUGGAUAGCAGAUACCCUUUGUUGAGCAUUUGAUGGCUCUGGGCCCGUACUCACUAGAAUUCAGAGGAAUAAUUAAAAACUCAAUAAAAACUAUCGAAUGGUGAAAGAGUGGUUGUGGGGUGAAUGUUUCUAAUGGUGGGAGAUUCUAAGACCAGAGGACACAGCCUCAGAAUAAAGGAGCGUCCUAUGGAGAUGAGGAGGAAUUUCUUUAGCCAAAGAGUGGUGAACUUGUUAAAUUCAUUGCCACUGGUAGCUGUGGAGGCCUAGUCUUUAUGUAUAUUUAAGGCAGAGGUCGUUAGAUUCUUGAUUGGUCAGGGCACGAAGGGAUAUAGAGAGAAGGCAGGGGAUUGGGGCUGAGAGGGAUAAUGGAUCAGCCAUCAUGAAAUGGAGGAGCAGACUCGAUGGGCCAAAUGGCCUAAUUCUGCUCUGAUAUCUUAUGGUUGAGAUGAAAAUGGCGAAGGCUGUGUUUCCUGCUGGCUGUAUACUCUCCCCUGUCAAAAUGGUGAUUUGUUUCUGUUCACUACCACAACCUGAUCAACAAUAGUUCCCAAGGUGGAACUUAGCUAUCUCCGAGCAGUGAAAGAGGAGGCAUCUAGGAAAUUUUACCUCAGCCACUGCCUCUUGAAGAAGCUACUUUGGGAGAAUGGAGCUGGCAUUUGAGAGCAAGGGAGUUGGAAGGAAGAUGAAUAUUUUUUUAACAUUAAAAAUAUUGUUAUUUUUUUUGAGGUGAUGUAUGUGUGUAUAAAAAUGCUCACAAAAAACACAGAAUGAGAGGAAAUCAACUGUGAAUAUAAAAGAUGAAUAUUUUAAUAAGGUUGUGAUGCGACCGUAACUACUUAAGAAAAAUUGCAACUGAAGUUUCACUAUGGAACUUGCGAUGAGGAAAUUCCUGCUGGUUUUUGCCUGCUGUAAAUGUGCAUGCUGUCGUUUUUGAUGACUCUCUCUGUAUAUAUUGAAGUCUGUGGGCCCUGCGUGGAUUUGUAUUUUCGACGGAACACAGCAUUUCACGCCCAGCCCCCUCUACUUGUCAAACCCUGAGGUUUAUUUGAAUUUUAAAGUAACAAUUCUAGCUUUCAAUAUUUUAGUUAAAGCAAUGAAAGGGAUGUGUCUCAUAAGAACUGUUAGUUGACUUUUAAACAAAAUAAAACAUACAGAUUCUUUAUGUCUUUUGUGUAAAUU